AUGAGUAGUAGUGGUAGUAGUAACAAUGACAGUGAUGCUCAAAUAUUAGCUCAAUUGAAAGGUAAAUUAUGGUAUCAUUUAGAGAUGAUACUGCAGGACAUCGAAUCACGAGAGAACGUCGGAGCAUCAACAACCACGGGGCACAUGCAUGUCACUCAUUCAAAUAAAUAUAUAAAUGCAUUAGUAGAGGUAAUAUUAACUAAAUUACAAGAAAUCACAACAGAUUUAGAACAAUUUGCCAAACAUGAUACGGGACGUUCGAUAAAACAAAUUAAUAUUGAUGAUCUCAGUCUAUAUUUAAGAAAUUCAUCACAAUUACAAAAUGAAAUUCUGCCAAAGAAGAAGUAA